CUAGGACCAUGCUCUCUAAAGUAAUAAUAUACGUAUCCGCUCCAUUUAGAGCCUUGCUAAUUUGCUAUAGAUUUUAUCAACGGCCCAAGGACUAUUUAUGUAACUAAAAAUUUAUUCUUUCUUUUCUUUCAACCCGACACCAAAAAGAACAAGAUAAGGUGUUAGAAAAAUGAGGAAAUCGAUUCUACCGACUACUGAGGCAAAUCCUUGAAACUAUGGUAAAGACGUAAAGUUGAAAUGAAAGUAUGAAACAAUCCAAGUUAAACCCACAUGAGGUCGGAUUUCUUUCAGCUUCAAAAUCUAAAAAACCCUAAAUUGUUCUUCUAAUGAGGAAGACAAUGUGCUCUUCUUCCUCUGCAGCCAACUUCCUGCCUCUUCAUCUCCCUAGCAGAAAUCGCCUCUUUCUUAAAUUUUCACUUCCAUUUCCAAUUUUAAACGAUGAAGGUGUUUUCAGACACGCAAACCCUAGAAGACGAAGAUUAAUAUCUCUAUCUGCUUCAAUUACCCGGGAUAACCUCGAAUUGUCGUCUCCUAAUAGACGGGAUGCUGAAGACUACAAUGGUUGGGCGAUUCUUGAAGAAUCUGAAACUCCAAAGAAACACAAAAAAGGAUUGCCUACAUUUCUACUGUUUGGUAUUGGGACCUCAGUUGUGGCUUUACUCGCUGUGUUCGCUCAUUUUACUCUAUCAAGAAAAGGUUACGUUUUGCGAUUCACCACCCCAUUUCAUGUUUCUGUUGAUCAUAAAUCAUCGAGUUCAGAAGAUACAUCAGAGGUAGAUGAAGCUGUUACUAAGCCAUUGAUGGAAACCGUUUCUGAAGAAGUUGAUGCAACAACAGAAGAAGUAAUUGAUCAUAUUAAGAAAGGAAAAGAAAAGCCUGGAAGAAUAGUAGUUUCAGUUUCUGCAGAUCCUACUCAACAAGAAGCUUUAAUAUGGUUAAAGAAUCUGAAGAUAAUUGAAGAUGAAGUCAUGGCAGAUGAGUUAUGUUCUAGAAGAGAAUAUGCAAGAUGGCUGAUUCUACUCAACUCCACACUUGAAAGGAAUCCAAAGAAUAGGAUAUCCCCAUAUGUUUCAUUGGCUGGAUCCACCAUUAAUGCUUUUGAUGACAUUAAGAGUGAAGAUCCUGAUUUUGUUUACAUUCAAGCUCUCGCUGAAGCUGGUGUUGUUCUGAGCAAGUUGUCCAGUGAAAACUUAACUUCUGAUCUGGAUACAAGUUUUUUCCCAGAGAGAUUUAUAUCACGGGAGGAUCUUAUUGGUUGGAGAGCUAAACUAGAAUACCAAGUUAUGGCAGGAUUAAACGAAGAGAUAUUAAGGAACAAAAUAGGGUUUCUGGAUGCAAGGGAGCUGAAGUCAGAUAUAUUGCCACCUCUUUUCAUGGACAUGAUGGCUGAUGACAAAAGCAUAAUGAGAAAAGUUUUUGGUCAAGUGAAGCGGUUUCAGCCUGGGAAACCCUGCACCAAGGCACAAGCAGCAGUGGCACUCACAAGUGGAAAAUUCACCAAACUAAUUCACCAAGAAUUUUCAAAACUAAAAUCUGAAAACUCCUCACGAAAUUUUGCAAUUAAAGAGAUAAAAUCUGAGCUUCUUGAAAGAGGAGAGAUACGAAGAUUUUGGGAGAAAAAGAUACAAGAUGAAAAAAGGCAUCGUUUGGAGGAAAUAGCAGCUUUAGAUUGUCAAAAACAGUUGCUUUUGAGUUUGGAGAAAGAAGUUGAUGAAAUGAAUGAGAGACUUUCAUAUGAAAGGAAGAAUUUUGUUGAUGAGAAACAUAAAACACGUAGUAAUGUUGGUGAAUUAGAGGUCAAAUAUGAAAGAAUUCUUGACACAAAGUCAAUACUUGAAGCUGAAUUAGAAGCCCUUCGUAUACUCAGAUCUUGGAUAGAGGAUGAAGCAAAAAAGGGUCAAGCAAGGACUAAGGGGUGGUUGUGGAGGUGGGAAAUGGUUUAUGUGGUAGUGAUGACCAGUGACUUCCUUGAAGAUGAUGAAAAUGGUUUACAUGUCAUUUUAGUCGAUUAA